AUGCUGCUCCGGCCCCGGCGGCCGCCCCCGCCCGCGCCGCCGUCGCCCGCCAGCCCGGACCCCGAGCGCGACCCGGACGCGCCGGCCUCGCGGCCCGCCUCGCCCGGCGCGCUGGCGGCGCCCGCGCCCCCCGGCUCCCCGGGCUCGCCGGUGUCCCCGGGCUCGGCGCAGCGCACGCCCUGGAGCGCGCGCGAGACGGAGCUGCUGCUGGGCACGCUGCUGCAGCCGGCCGUGUGGCGCGCGCUGCUGCUCGACCGGCGCCGCGCGCUGCCCACCUACCGCCGCGUGUCGGCCGCGCUGGCCCGCCAGCAGGUGCGCCGCACGCCCUCGCAGUGCCGCCGCCGCUACAAGUUCCUCAAGGACAAGCUCCGCGACGCGCGCGACCAGCCGCCCGGGCCCUUCGACGCGCAGAUCCGCGAGCUCAUGGCGCUGCUGGGCGAGACCGGGGGCCCGCGCGGCCGCCGCCGCGCCUCCGGGCGCCCCCAGCGCGGCCGCCGCCCGGCGCCCAGCGCGCCCCCCGAGCCGGACGCCGCGCCGCCGCCGGCCGCCCGCGACCCCGGCGCGGACCGCGCCUGGACGCUGGGCCUCGGCCCGUCGCCGCCCAAGCCCGCCGACGCCGCGCGCCCCGGCUCCCCGACGGCGCCCGGCCGCCCCGAGUGCCCCGCGCCCUUCCGCGGCCCCGGCUCGCCGCCGGCGCCCGACCGCGCGCGGGAGGACCCCGGCUCGCCGCCGCGCAGCCCCGAGGACCGCCCGCCGCCCGCGCCGCCGUCGCUGAACGCCGCGCUGCUGCAGACGCUGAGCCACCUAGGCGACAUCGUGGCCGUGCUGGGCCCGCUGCGCGACCAGCUGCUGACGCUGAACCAGCACGUGGAGCAGCUGCGCGGCGCCUUCGACCAGACCGUGUCCCUGGCCGUGGGCUUCAUUCUGGGCAGCGCGGCCGCCGAGCGGGGCGUCCUGGUGGACCCGCGCCCGUGA